CGCAUUCUCGUGAACGGUUCAGUUUUCUUACAUCAUGGUUGGUUGGAUUAUCAUUACCAGCGCAUGAAAACGGUGUAAAAAGGAGAUAUUUAUUGUGCUGGCAAUUCUAAUUAACACGCUAGCACAUAAUGGCAGAGAAAGAGAAUAUUCUGGUCAGAAUAUAUAACAAUAUCUUUUACAUGUUCGACGCACCGGCCACUUAUUUCCGAGAAAAAUUCGUAGAGCCGAAUCAAAAGAAAUAUCCAUGGUAUCAUCAGAAAUACCGCCGUGUGCCCAACAUUGACGAAUGUUACUCCGACGAUGUGGUCUGUUUCACAGAAGCAAAUUGUCAAUUCUUACGCGAUAAGUUGGUAGAUGAUGAGAUUUUAUUCAUUCUGAGAAGUCGCUUCGAACAAUGUGCUUGGUAUCACGGUGAAGAUGAUGUGAACUUAUGCAAACAACUACGCAAAACUUACGAUGACGCAACCACGGCUUGGUUUAUCAAAUAUGGUGAUAUGGGUAUAAGCUUAAAUGUUGUAAAUGCAUAUAUGAAGCAGAAACAUCGUAUGGUUUGGGAGCGUCGUCAUGGUCCAGUAGGUAGCGGUAUGAAAGAGCAAAAGAUUAAGGUAUAGCAAUUCCUACCACCGUUGUAGAUGGUUAUUUAAUGGGAAGUACGUUCGCAUAUUACGGAUCUGAAUGGCAGAUUUGCGUCAAUGUACAGAUAAUGCGAAUUGAAAACAAAAAUAAAAGUAAUUUAUCAGAA